GUAAGCUUAAUUAGUGACGCACCGGAUGCAGCUCGCCCUACGGUUUUGGUUAGCGCAACAGCUGUUGGUUACUAUUUGGUACUAGUGAAACAGCAACUUUCGAUGAACGAAGUCCAUCCGGAAAUGACUACUUAGCAGAGGUCUCUAGGGAAUGGGAAGCAACAGCCCUGGAGUAAACAAGAACGUCAGAGUGGCUAUUAUCCGUAUAGGUGUUGUUCUUGGUAAAGAAGGUGGUGCUUUAAGUAUGAGAGUUUGCCCUUAUUGUUUUCUUUUCUUUUUGUUCUUAUUUAUUACGUUUAAAUCUUAGUUUGGUUAGUUUACUUUCAACUUAUAUGGAAAAUUGCCAAAAAUAGGUUAAAAAAAGAGGUUUAAAUGACUUUUGGAACAAGUUUUCAAAAGAAAGACUUUUAGGACAAUUUGGGUGUGAAUGGAAAAAAAAUGCCCUUCAUUAAAUUUCUAUCCCUCUUUAUUGAAUUUUUCGCCUACCCACGUUCGCUUUCCCUUCUCUUUCGCGUAGAACACCUGAAGUAAAAAAAAAAAAAACAUGGGAAAUUGCCAAAAAUGGGUUAGAAAAAGAGGUUUAAAUGAAUUUUGGGACAAGUUUUCAAAAGAAAGACUUUUGGGACAAUUUUGGGUGUGAAUGGACAAAAAUGCCCUUCUUUUCCUUUCCCUCUUCCAUGUUUGCUUUCCCUUCUCUCCACGAUCGAUUCCUUCUCUUUCGCGUAUAGUUCCCUUUCCCUUCUCUUUUCUUUCGCAAAGAACACCUAAACCUACUCCGCCCAUUGUCGCUUGCCCUUCGUCGGUCGUUGUCCAGUGCAUUUCGUCGCUCCUCUUCGAACCAUUCAAUCAACUUUGAGCGUUUUCUCUUAUUUGGGUGAGUUUCAUGUCUAACCGAUUUUCAAUUUAUCUGCUGUAAGUAAAUGUUUGGUUGGGGUAUUUGGUGCUAUUUUCAUCCGUAAUUGUCUGGUUUUUGGAAUUAGACUUAUUUGCCGUAAAUUAGUUUGGUCAAAGUUUGGUUUUAGGUCUUUAGAAAGUUCAAUGGGUAGUGAAAAAUGAAUUGAACUAGAGGAUGAGGAUUUAGUUGGAUCAAAUAGAGGAGGAGUAAGCAAUAGGAAUAGAAGGAAUGAAGGUUUUUUUUUUUAUCUCGCACGUAUUUUUUUUUAUCUCGCACGUAUCUUGCACGUUCCAAACUUUCAAUAUUUAUUUCAAAAUCAACUUGGUACACCUCCUAAUCCAUUUAGAGCUAUUCUUUGCAUGUUUAGUAACUCUCUUAGGCCCUCAUGCUUUAUCUCGCACGUUCCAAACUUUCACUAUUUAUUUGAAAAUCAAAUUGGUACUUCUCCUAAUCCAUUUAGAGCUAUUCUUUGCAUGUUUAACUCUCUUAGGCCCGCACACAUCUUGCAGUUAUUUUUGUUAUUUCUUUACAUCUUGCACGCAUCUUGUAGGUUCUUAAGUUCAAAUCAAUUUUUGAAGAUACAAAACUACUUAAGGUAGUUUAAGAAUGACACAUGUUCAAAUUUUAGUGCGUCACGGUGGUGCAUAGGAUGAGGGACGAAGAAAAUAUGAAGGAGGAGUGUUAAAAGGCAUUGUUGUCAGUAAAGAAAUAACGCACAAAGAUUUACAGUAUGAAUUAUAUGACCUUGCAGAAGUUGACCCUACAAAGUUCGACAUAAAGAUAAGAUGUAUAUAUGAGAUCAAAGGGAAAAAGGAAGCUCCUCCAUUUGAGUUAAGCAAUGACCGUGAUUUGAAGUUUUAUAUUCUUAGUGAAAAUCCAUUGGAGGUCCUCCUAUACCUAUCAUUUGAGCCUACAAGCAACCGAAGCAUGAAAGUGUUAAACAAAGAUUACAAUUCAGUAUCUGUGAGCAACCAAGUUCAAAAUUUAAACCCUUAUCCUCCAAUUGAAAUGUAUACAUUAGAUGAGAAUGAAGUUGAUAUUGGUGAAGUUCAGGUUGACUUGUGUGAUAACAUGAUAGGGACCAAUUCAGCUAUAUGGAAAUCAUAUGAGUGAUAUCAUUCAAAAGAUGAUACUUUUACAUGGCAGUCAGUUGAGAUGUACAAUGAAUUGUUUGACAUCCCAGAACAAAGAGAUGCUCCUACAAAAGAUUGCAAAAGAAAAGGUAAAGUUGACUACAGCUCCUCUAGUCGGAAGUUGAAGACAAAAGGAAGUGGUUGGUCUGAAGAAAGCUCUACAAGUGAAGAGUUGGAUGUAGGACAAAUCUUUUUUUGCAAGAGAGAUUUGUCAAUGAGAUUAAAUGUGUUGGCAAUGAAAAAAAAAUUCAGUUAGUAGUAAAAAAGUCUACAAAAGAGGUUCUUUUCGUUAGUUGCAUCGACAACAAGUGUGGUUGGAGAUUGCGAGCGGUUAGACUGAAUGAUUCAAAUAUAUUCAAGAUUAAAAAGUAUGUGAAAGUUCAUUCAUGUUCUCUUGAGUUUUUGAAUCGUGACCAUAGGCAAGCAAAAUCUUGGGUUGUUGGAGAAUUAAUAAAGUCCAAAUUCAAGGGAUCCGGUCGCAUAUACAAACCACGUGAUAUCAUAGAAGACAUAAGACAAGACUAUGACAUAAAUAUGAGUUAUGAGAAAGCAUGGUGUGCUAGAGAAAAUGCAUAUGAACGAGUGCGAGGGUCUCCUGAAGAGUCAUAUAAUCUUUUGCGUAGAUAUGGUGAAGCACUCAAAUUUACAAAUCCAAUUUCACAUGGAACUCGAAGAUGAUCGUUUCUUUAAAUAUCUUUUUAUGGUUGUUGGUCCAUGUGUUAGAGGAUUCUUAAAUUGCAUUAGACCGGUCAUAGUCAUGGACGGAACAUUUCUUAAGAACAAAUAUUGGGGUCAGUUGAUAGUGGCCGUCUGCUUAGAUGGUAACAAUCAGAUCUAUCAUCUAGCCUUUGGAGUAGUUGAUAGAGAAACAGAUGACUCAAUACAGUGGUUCUUAGAAAAAUUGAAAUGUGCAAUAGGGGAGGUGCCUAGUCUAGGCUUCGUGACAGAUCGGAAAACAUGCUUCUCUAAGGGUAUUUCAUCAGUUUUCCCCUCUGCAUUCCACGACCUUUGUGUCCAACAUUUGAGUCAAAAUUUGCAUGAUAAAUAUAAGAAUGACACGGUUGCUACUUUGUUUUAUAAUGCAUCGAGAACAUAUCGUGAAUCAACGUUUGUAGAAGCGUGUAGACAUCUUCUUGCAUUUCCUAAUGGUUCAGGGAAAUAUUUAAAUGAUGUUGGAAUAGCACGGUGAUCUCGUGUUCACUGUCCAGGAAGACGAUAUAACAUGAUGACAACAAAUAUAGCAGAGUCCAUGAAUUCUAUACUGAAAGAACCUAGAGAUUUGCCUAUUGCUUCAUUCCUUAAAAAUGUUCGAGCUUUGCUACAAUGUUGGUUUUGGGAGCGUCGAAAAGAAGACAUUAAAGUGACGUCUACAUUGACCAAAUGGAGAGUAAGUUAUUCAAAAGAAACAAGAAGGAGUUUUGACAAUGAAGGUCAACCCAAUUGACUGUUACCAAUUUCAUGUCAAAGAUUUAGAUAAGGAGGAGGUCGUAAAUCGUCAGACUAAAGAAUGCACUUGCAAGGAGUUUCAAGCUAAGCAACUACCAUGCUCACAUGCCAUUACUGCAGCACGGGAUCGUAAUAUAAAUGUUUAUAGUUUAUGUGCUAAUUAUUACACUAAUGAAUGUUUGUUGGCUACAUAUGCGGAUGUCGUCUAUCCAGUUGGGAAUCAGUCAGAUUGGAAGACAAGCGAAGACUAUGUACAUAUGACUGUUUUACCUCCGAUAGUAGUCAAAAGAGUUGGUCGACCGAAGAAAAAGAGGAUUCAAAGUGUUGGUGAAGCUCCGAAAUUGCAUAAGUGUGGUCGGUGUAAACAAAUAGGUCACAACAAAUUAACGUGUACCAAUCCAAUUUCAUAUACUGACAAGUCGAGCAUACAAGAUUAGAAAUUUCUCUACCAAUGUACUAAUUAUUACACUAAUUAAUGAAUGUUUGUUAAUGAUGUGUUUUCUUAAUGAUUUGUCCCAACUAAACGAUCGGUUGAACAAAACUAAACGAUCGGUUGAACAAAACUAAACGAUCGGUUGAACAAAAUUAAACGAUCAUUUAAAAAGAACCAAAACAUCGUGUAAAAACAACCAAACGAUCGUUUGAAAAUAACUAAACGAUCGUUUGAAAACAACUAAACGAUCAAUUAAACAAAACUAAACGAUCGGUCAAACAAAACUAAACGAUCGUUUAAAACAACCAAUCGGUCGUUUGAAAUUAACUAAACGAUCGAUUAUAAACAACUUAACGAUCGUUUUAGUUUUAAACGAUCUUUUAAAACAACGAAACACACCCGCGAAUUGUUUACAACCGCGAUUCAACAUUUCAAAAAAAAGUACGCGAAUUUACAAUAUUGCCGCUUUGGUAAAAGCAACCGAUAUAUACGUUCCGCCUUCUUCGUUCGUUUUUCGUCACUUCGCAAUACACAACCGCACUGAUCACUCACCUUCGUUUUCUCUCAGUCCAUUGUUCUCUCAGACCAUGUUUGUCUCAAUCCAUAUUUUUCGUCAACGUUAAGAGGUAUUUUUCCGAACUUUUCCUACUAUAACGUUACACUUUUCCUUUAUUUAUAUUUCAAACGUUUCGACUUUUCCUACGAUAGCAAGCGCCUACAAAGUCUUCUAUUCGGAUCAGAAAAUAAGAAACUAAUAACAUGCUUGGAAAUUGAGGAAAUUUUCAAGAAUUUUGAGUUUACAAAUGAUGACGAUGCUGUGAAGGUUGCCUUGGUUGUCUUUAUAGAAACUGUGAUGGUCGGGAAGGAUAAGAAAACACAGUAUGACAUGGAUAUUUUGGGAAGAGUUGAUGAUGAAGAAGCAUUUAAAAGCUUCGAUUGGUCAACUUUCUUCUACACUCGUCUGCUCAACAGUUUAAAGACAAGUCUCUAAGGGAAAAAAGAAGGAUACGAGCUGAAGAAAACAACAAGUUCCAAAGCAGUGUCAUACUACAACAUCAAAGGCUACGUGCUUGCUUUUCAGGUGUGGGCUUAUGAAGUACUCUCAACUGCAAAUGAACACCUGGCCACAAGAAACAUUAAGGGAUUGAUCCCUAGGAUAUUGAGAUGGAAUUGUACGCAAGCUCCAUCUUACAAAAUGCUGCAGAAGAACAUAUUCGACAACAAAAAUACUGUUGUUCAACCUAAACUGAAGAUGUCAACCCAAGAGAAGGCUUUCAUGGAGAGUCGAAUUCGAAGGGAUGAUAACAUGCAAAUGGAGGACGAUGAAUCCAUUGGAGCAAUGAACAACAAAUCAUUGGAGCAAUCAGACUCAUCUCUACAAAGAGAACAACUGUCACCCCAAAGAGAACAAAGUCAGACAGUGGCUGACCAGUCUGAAAUGCAUCCAAUCACCAAGAAGAAACAUUGCAGAUCAAAGAAGUCCAAUGACAAAGAAGAACAAAGUCAUUCAAAAUCCUACAAAAAACUGAAGAAGGAAAUAAAAGAAGUUCGUAAGGAUUUAUCCACACUGACUUCUAUAGUCUGGAUGGAUGACACAAUCACAAAACAGUCAUUGGAGCUGUAUGAAAUGAAGCAGAUGCUCGAGAGAUUGGUUCAGGUUUGGGCAUAUGAGUCUAUACCAAUCAUCAUUGGAUGUGAUGUAGAUAAAGUAAACGAUCAUGCCAUACCACGAAUGUUGAGGUGGGUGUGCCAACAAUCACCAAAGUCCCAAACUAUAAACCAGGUGUUUGACUCGCCAAUGUUUAUAAUUAAGGCGGUCAUUGAGAUGACACCUGAAGAGGAGCAGUUGAAAAUUGCUUCAGGUGAACUUUUUGAAAACUUCCGCUCAUAUACCAUUAUUCAGUCGAAGAAUGGUGGUUCAAAAAGAGUAAGAGAAGUUGUUAAUGAUGAAGAUGACUUCAAAAAGAGUAAGAAACAGAAGUCCAAGACUAAGAUGACAAAGGCUAUUCGAAAUCUCCAAGAUCGAGUAGCGGUUGUUGAAGGGCAACUUACUAGUAUAAAAUCAGAUAUUGACGAAUUGGAGGGCAUGAUGUCAACCAUAUUGAAGCACAUUCGACUUCAAAGAAAGGGUGACGAAGGAGACCGCAAGGUGUCUGAAGGCUUAGUAGAUCAUAUAUUAGAAAGUAAGGAAGUGGAUAAUACUAAGAUCGAAGAUGUUGACACAGGCGGUACCCCUAAUUGGUUGAGGAUGCCAAAGGAGGAUGAACACAUUGAAUUUAAAAAGAAGAGCGACGAAGAUGUUCACACCGUCGGUACACCUCCUUGGUUGAGGUUUAAUAUUGAGUUAGAGAAGUCAAUCGAUGUGUUGGAGAAGAAGGUUGAUAUUGGUUUAGAGGAACCAAUAGAUGUCGUUGACGAUGAGGUUCAAAUUGAGGACAGUGGGAAAAAACUUUGUACUCAUUUUGAUGAAGACGUCACAGAGAUAAAACCAUUUGUCACUCAACGACCACACGUUCGGCCUGCCCGUAGGAAGCGUGCAAGUGUUUACCUAUCAACCCUAUUCACAACUCUACAUAAACGGUCUGUGACAUCAACCACCAGCACCUCUCAGUCUGAACCAAUUGUUUAUGAUCCUAUGCACAAAAUACUUGACGUCCAUUUAGAUAGACGUCGAGCUUGGAUUACAGACAAGCGUACAGACGAUGAGCAUUUGGAUGCACUUUUUCUUUUCAUUCGCUUGAAGAUUAAGGCAGCCGGGAUACCUUCUUCUCAGAACUUCACAACCACAGAUACAAUUUUUAUGCGCAUUUUAGUUGCGAAGUGGCCCUUAUACAAAGAAUGUAUUAAAGAAAAUCGCCCGUUUGAUUGAGAGGAAGAGUAUAGGUUGGUUGACUAUGUUGUCGGGUCAAAAGAGGACUUCCAAGAUCCUUGGGCAAGUGUUGAUUACGUUUACUCUCCAUUGAAUGUCCAUGACAACUAUUGAGUUUUAUUAUGCUUGGAUUUGGUAAGUUGUCAAGUGAAGGUAUGGGAUUCGCUUCCGUCACUUACAACUGUCGAAAAGAUGACAAACAUAUUACUGCCCAUUCGAGAGUUGGUGUCAAAGUUGUUAGAUAGUACUGGCUUCUUUGAUAGGAGAGAUAGAUCAUCGACAUACAAGGAACCUUGGUCAGUUGUCAUUGUUGACUCAAUUCCACUUCAACGAAAUAAUAGUGAUUAUGACGUAUUCACAAUUAAGUAUUUUGAGUACAUAGCUGCUGGUGUUGGUUUAGAUACAUUAUGUCAAGAAAACAUGUCAUACUUUAGAAAACAAUUAGCAUUUCAAUUAUGGACCAACACUCCUAUGUAUUGAAAUAUUUACAUAAAUCAUAAGUAUCAAUUGGCUUUUCGAUGAUUCUCUAUGUUGCA